AUGCGCACUGGCAUCCUCCACGGCGUGCUCGCGUUUCUCUUCUGGGGCUUCAUGCCCAUCUACUGGAAGCAAGUCGAGUCGAUUCCGGCCGUCCAGCUCGCACUGCAUCGUAUCGUCUGGUCGCUUUUGAUCCUCGUGCUCAUUUUGGUUGGCACUGGUCGCUGGUCCGACUUUCGAGCGCACGCCCGCGGGUCGCGCAUCAUUGUCAUCUACACGAUCGCGAGUAUCUUUGUCUUUGCGAAUUGGGCGCUCGACAUUUGGGCGGUCAACGCCGGCUUCAUUGUCGAGACGAGCCUCGGGUACUUUAUCACGCCGCUCUUCAACGUACUCUUUGGCGUUGCGCUCUUCAAGGAGCGGCCCCGUGUCUGGCAGUGGAUCUCGAUCGCGUUGGCGACGAGCGGCGUCCUUGUCUGUGCGAUCGACAAUGGCACGUUUCCGUGGGUCGCCCUCUCGCUCGCAAUCACGUUCUCGAUCUACAGCGUCGCCAAGAAGCAAGCGCCGCUCAACGCGCUCUACGGCCUCACGCUGGAAACAGCCAUCUUGUUCCCGCCCGCGAUCGUGUACCUUGUCGUGCUCGAGAUCCAAGGCACGGGCGCGUUGGGUCGCGUCUCGGUCGUCGACAACUUUUUACUCGUGGGUUGCGGCGUGUGCACGAUCAUUCCGCUUCUCCUCUUUGCGUCGGCCGCCCAGCGCAUCUCGAUCAGCCUCCUCGGCAUGCUCCAGUACAUCUUUCCCAGCGUCAUGUUUGUGAUUGGCGUCGUCUUGUACAACGAACCGUUCUCGAUGACCAAGCUCAUUGGCUUUAUCCUGGUCUGGGUCGCCGUCGCCAUGUACUCGGUCGAGGAGUUUGUCUACUAUAAAAACCACCCCAAAGAAGCCGCGGUUGUCCAGACGCCGCGCGAUGACGUCACGCCGUUCGAGCGCGUAUGAAUAUAGAGAUAAAAUAUAUACCAGUUGAUGUGGA